UCGUGAUGAAGAGAAAAGUUUGAGCGGAGAAAAGUCAAAGUAGGCAAAAAGAAAAGCCUGCGUGAUAUUGUUGUGCGCACAAAAAUUUAUUUUUCUAGUCCAACUUUUCCACUUUUCCUCCUUGUCGUGAUUUUUUCGUGUUAACAGGUAGUUUAUGUUGGGCAAAUUGAUUGCAAAAAAAUCGAGUAGUUUGUAAAUAAAAUAGGAAAAAGGGGAGAGAUAAAACAUGAGCGAAAGUGAAAAGGCAGUGGAACCUGAAAUUGGGGAAAAUAUUUGUGAAUCGCGAGCUUUGAGCGUUAUUCAGGAAUUCACAUCAAUCUAUGAGGAUCGAAUAAAAUUCAUUGAAAAGGAAAUUGGGUCGGAUUGUCAUGAGAUAAAGCUUCCAAUCUACAAGAGAUGGGUGGAGGAUCUCACAGUGCAGAACACAGAGCUUGUGAGGGCCGUGGAAGAGCUGGAGACUGUUGUGUCGGAUCGUCUAAGCCUCCUGGAGGAGCGACUGCAGCAGGAAAAGUACAAUCUGCACGAUCGACGAGUUUUCCGCCUUGAGAGUGAUAUUCAGAACCUCCUGCAGUUCCUCCAGCGUGCCAUGAGGAACAACACCUGGAGCACAGAUGGGCUCACCUUCCAUGAAAUUAAUCUCGAACAAACCCUUUCGGACUACAGGGAUGAAAAGGAAUCAACGGCGUCAAGAAUAACCCUGGAAAUGACUCCAGAAUCCAGUAGAUUCUUCACAGAAGGUCUCGAGGAUAUCUCAAAGGAGGUAUCAAGCAUUAGGGAUGACAUCAGAAGCUCAACACUCAUGCAGAGUCACGACGAAAAGAUAGCCAAAAGCUUUGAGGAGAAUACAAUUCUUCGCGACAAGGUUGAAAGUGCAAACCGAGAGAUUGCUCUGCUAAAAGCAAAGAUCAAGGAAAUGGAAAAGGGUACCAUCGAUACGCAAGUUCUUGCACAGGAAAUUGCGGCAAAGCAUGACACAAUACAGAAAAUGCGGUCAGACAAUACGUAUUUAGAAGAACAAAUACGCCAGGCGAGCAUGCAAAUUCACUUUAAGGACGAUGUCAUCAAGGAAUUGAGGCGCGAUAUCGCUAACCUCAAGAAGUAUCCCAAUCUAAUUGACACUCCAAAUGAUUCUACCCAAGAUUCUGCCUCAAAUGCAAGUGGUGAUGGUGAUUCAAUCUAUUUCCUUCCUGUUGUGACUAAUCCCAACGACACACCAAAUGGAAAUUCACUUGAGUCAUCUGUUAGUGAUUUAUCUAGAGAUGUUCACACAACAAAGGCUGACCUCAAUGAAAUGGGAAAACAUCGAAGAGAGGCUGAAGAAAUGCUUAAAAACAUCCAAGAAGAGCUAAAUGAGCUAAAAUUGGAAUUGAAUUUGGAGAUUCCAGUAGAGACAUCUGAGAAUGAUGAUCAAACCAUUGUGCCAGAAAAAGAAAUGUUAAGUGCCAUUAAACAUGAACUUUUUAAUUUGAGAAAAACCAAUUCCUUCCUCUCCGAGGAAAAUGCCAAAAUACACGGAGAGGCUGAACAAUUGAGAGAGCAAUUAAAGAACUUCACCUCUCAAACUGAACAUGUGAGUAGACAAGGAAGACAAUUGGAGGAAAUGCAACAAGUUUUAACGAAAUUAAGAAAUUCAAUCAAGACUUUUGGUGGCAAUCAGGAAGACAUUGCUGAAGAAGGAAUGAGUGACAGUGAUCUUUUGGCAAAUUUAAGUGAUGUUCUGGAGGAUUUGAGGCGUGAAAAUGCAGCAAAAAGUUGUAUUGUGGCUGAGAAAGACAAGAAAAUUGAGACAUUAAUGGGAUUAAUUGAGGAGCAAAAGGUUGAAAUUGAGAAAUUCAGCAAAAAUGAGGAUUUGUGGGAAGCAGAACGUGGAAAAAAUGAAAAUAUGAUUGAGGAUUUGAGGAAAGCCAUUGCAAUGCACAUGGAUACAGUGAAUGAACUAAAGAAUGCCAAUGAGGAUCUCACAAAACGCCUCAAAGACAUGGAAAGUCAGCAAUCAAAUGAAAUUUUUGCAAAACUCCUCGCCGAUAGAAAUCGAUUGGAAGUUGAGUGUCAUCAUCAAAUGACAACAAUUUCCAAUUUGAAAGCAGCUGUGGAGAAUAUAAAGAAAGAAACGAAAUCUGUGAGUUCUCCCGCCGCUUCAUCAGGGAGCAGCUCUCUAUGGGGCUGGUGGCGUACAGUGCAUGAUGUUUAGUUUAGGCACACCCACACACAAUUUUUUGGUUUUCCUUUCCAUCUCUCACAGUGAUUUUGUUGAAGUUGUUUUUUGCCACAAAGCUUAAUUUCAUCCCCAUUAAAAUAUGCUUAAUUUGCCAAGUUAAACAUUCCAUCUGAAUUAACUUUUUUUAUCACAAAAAAGCUGAAUUUAUUGAAUGGAGUGUUAAGGAUCAAGCUAAAGAUUUAUUUUUCGAUUAAAUAAUAUAUUUAAUUAAAUAAUUAUGAGAGAAAUAUAUGAAAAAAAGAAAGAAAAUUCUAACAUAGAGCUUCCUUGAUAAACUAAUUUGUUAUUUUAGACUUAAGAAAUCUAAUAAGUUAUAUUUUAUUAAUAUUUUGUCUUAAUUAACGAAUCAAAAUACGCUUAUAAAGUUGCCUUAAUGUCGUUGUUUUCUUUUAAAACAAUUUUAUGCUUCAAUGAAUCAAUGCGAAUUAGCAGUGAGAUUAUGAGAUGAAACAUACUCAAAAAUUUUAAUGCAGCUUAACGAGAAGUUUAUGAGAAAAGAAAAAAAAAUAUUCUGAAAUUAUUUUUUUAAUAGAUGGUAAGAAAAUUCUCUUGCCUGGAGUUUUAGAUACCUUCUUAAUUGCCACGUUUGAAUUUUAGUUAUUUGAUUAAAAAUCAAUGAACAAAAGGCUGUCCAGAGCUGGAAUGAUUAAAAUUUGAAUAAUUAGAAGUUUGAAAAACAUCUUGCAUGAUUUUCUUGCCCAACGAUUAAAAAUAAAAUUUUUAACAAGUUUUUUUUUAGAAUAAAUUAAAGGAUUUAAGUCAAAAUUCUGUCUUCUAAAGGAAUCCUUAUUUAGCAUAUUAGGAAAUAUUUUCUUUUAAAUCCUUAACAAACAGAGCUUAAAGAUAAAAUUGACGAAAUCAUUUGAAACGAAAAAUUAAUGUUAAGCUAAAUCUGGAAAACUUAAAAAUUUAAAGUUUUUUUCAGCAAAUAUUUUAAAAUUUUUUAAAGAGUUUUCAUUGAUAAUUUUUUUGUUGGAAAAUAAGAAGUCCCUUUUGAUUUUCUUAAUUUUUUUUAAAGGGUCUACGUUGCAUUUUUUUACCUAAAAUAUGACUUUGAAAUAAGGUUAAAAUACGUUCAAAAAUGAAGAAACUCCUUUAUUAAAAAUUAAAUUUCUCAAACAAACUCACUUAUCUCUUUUUUUCAGUAUUUAUCUUAAACCUGGUUUUAAUUUUUAUUUUAAUAUUCUUCCGUUACAAAAAUAUCUUUAGGAGGUUUUAUGGCAAAUCCUGAUUUGAUUAGGUUUAGUUUAAAUUCGAGAUAAUAACUAACUGCUUGUCCAAAACGAAAUAUUCUCAAGGAAACAAACUUUUUAAUGCAAAUUUUAAUUAUUUUAAUUAAUUUUCACUAAAAGAAUUUUGCCAAAUAUUAAAAAAAAUUCGCAUAAUUCAUUAAAGCAACGAUACCUAUACACCUAUAUAUAAAAUGCCUUUUUCCUUUUACAAAUUAUUAUUAUUAUUUUGUUGAUGUUUAAAAUGAGAGAGGAAAUAUUUUUUAUAAUUAUAUUUUUUCUAUUUCUUGUUUUAUUUUUUGUUGUUAAAUAAAUUUUUCUACAAGUCAAA